CUGUCCUCAAAGGCAUUGAUUUUGCCUUUUCUUAAAUUGAUGACAACUCUUUAUAAAUUUGGACCUCAAAAUAACAUAACCAACAAAAAGACCCCAUACCAUCUUAUUAAGUUUUAUCAAGGGAGGUAUGGCGACACAUGAAAUUACCGAAACAGCCCUCGUUCAACCUUCCCACCAACCACUCUCCAACGACCAAACACUCUCUCUCUCUCAUCUCGAUAACGAUAACAACCUCCACGUCAGCUUCCGUUACCUCCGCGUUUACUCCUCCUCCUCCUCUUCUUCCACCGUCGCCGGUAAAUCCCCCUCCUCCGUCGUCUCCGCCUCUCUAGCCACUGCUCUUGUUCACUAUUACCCUCUCGCCGGCUCUCUCCGUCGCUCUGCCUCAGAUAACCGAUUUGAACUAUUCUGCACUGCUGGUCAAAGCGUGCCUAUAGUCAACGCUUCUGUUAACUGUACGCUUGAGUCAGUCGCGUAUUUGGAUGGACCCGAUCCGGGUUUCGUCGAGAGAUUGGUACCGGAUCCGACCCGGGAAGAGGGAAUGGUUAAUCCGUGUAUUCUCCAAGUGACGACGUUUCAGUGUGGUGGUUGGGUUUUAGGAGCGUCUAUUCACCAUGCCAUCUGCGAUGGGUUAGGUGCGAGUCUGUUCUUCAAUGCUAUGGCGGAAUUAGCUCGUGGAGCGACUAAGAUCUCCAUUGAACCUGUUUGGGACAGAGCACAACUACUUGGUCCAAGGGAGAAACCUUGGAUUGGAUCUCCGGUUCGUGACUUCUUGAGCCUGGUUAAGGACUUUGAUCCAUACGGACUAGCCAUUGGAGACGUGAAAAGAGAGUGUUUCUUCGUGACCGACGAGUCUUUGGACCGAUUCAAGGCGCAAUUACUCGAGAAAUCGGGUUUGAAUUUCACUACAUUUGAAGCUCUAGGUGCUUACAUUUGGCGUGCCAAGGUACGAGCAGCAAAGAUUGGGGAAGAAGAGAAUGUGAAGUAUGUGUAUGCCAUAAAUAUUAGAAGAUUGCUGAAUCCACCUUUGCCUAAAGGUUACUGGGGUAACGGAUGUGUGCCAAUGUAUGCUCAGAUUAAAGCUGGAGAGCUCAUAGAGCAACCAAUCUGGAAAACCGCAGAGCUCAUAAAACAGAGCAAAUCCAAUGCAAGUGAUGAAUAUGUACGCUCCUUUAUCGACUUCCAAGAGCUGCAUCACAAAGAUGGAAUCAAUGCCGGUUCAGGAGUGACUGGAUUCACAGACUGGCGAUACCUAGGGCAUUCCACGAUUGAUUUCGGAUGGGGAGGACCCGUGACGGUUUUGCCACUAUCAAACAAGUUGCUCGGAAGCAUGGAACCAUGUUUCUUCUUGCCAUAUUCUGCUGAUGCUGCAGCUGGAAGCAAGGACAGUGGAUUUAAGGUUUUGGUGAAUCUGCGCGAAUCUGCAAUGCCUGAGUUUAAGGAGGCCAUGGAAAAGUUCCACAAAGGUGAAAUUGCCCUGUCUUGAUCACUGAAAAAACGACCUCUAGAUACGCAAAAUAAAUCAGAACCACAAUUACAAAAUCAUCAACCAUUUGUGUAACUUGCGGUUUCAUCACUGAACAAAUGUUUUUGAGCUCGCUGUAUUUGAUCUGACGAGCAUGAAUAAGAGAAGCCUUAUUGUAAGUUUAAUAA